AGUGUGCGGGUGAGCGGCGUUGGCCGGCCGGGAGCGGGCGCGGCCCGGCGGCCUCAGCAUGGAGGACGGCUUCUCGAGCUACAGCAGCCUGUACGACACGUCCUCGCUGCUCCAGUUUUGCAACGAUGACAGCGCGUCGGCAGCCAGCAGCAUGGAGGUGACAGACCGCAUCGCCUCCCUGGAGCAGCGCGUGCAGAUGCAGGAAGAUGACAUCCAGCUGCUCAAGUCGGCUCUGGCCGACGUGGUGCGGCGGCUGAACAUCACAGAGGAGCAGCAGGCCGUGCUGAACCGCAAAGGACCGACCAAAGCCAGACCGCUGGUGCAGACCCUGCCUCUCAGAACCACCAUCAACAAUGGUGCUGUGCUACCAAAGAAACCAAGUGGCUCCCUGCCGUCACCCUCGGGCGCCAGGAAGGACCCCGCUGUGCCAGCAACCAAAAGCACCAUCAAGAGGACUAGCUCCUCCGAGCGCGUGUCUCCGGGCGGCCGGCGGGAGAGCUACGGGGAUUCCAGAGGCAACCGGAAUCGCACGGGUUCCACCAGCAGCUCCUCCAGCGGCAAGAAGAACAGUGAAAGCAAACCCAAGGAGCCCGUGUUCAGUGCAGAGGAAGGAUACGUAAAGAUGUUUCUUCGCGGGCGCCCGGUGACCAUGUACAUGCCCAAAGAGCAAGUGGACUCCUACAGUUUGGAAGCCAAAGUGGAACUGCCGGCCAAGAGACUCAAGCUGGAGUGGGUCUACGGGUACCGAGGUCGAGACUGUCGGAAUAACCUCUACCUGCUGCCGACGGGGGAGACUGUGUACUUCAUCGCAUCUGUGGUGGUGCUGUACAACGUGGAGGAGCAGCUGCAGAGGCACUACGCUGGCCACAACGAUGAUGUGAAGUGCCUCGCAGUUCAUCCCGAUAGGAUCACGAUAGCCACGGGUCAAGUCGCGGGCACGUCUAAGGACGGAAAGCAGCUGCCGCCACACGUGCGCAUCUGGGACUCUGUGACGUUGAACACUCUGCACGUCAUUGGAGUUGGCUUCUUUGACCGUGCUGUCACCUGCAUCGCGUUCUCCAAGUCCAACGGAGGAGGCCAUCUCUGUGCGGUGGAUGACUCCAACGACCACGUGCUGUCCGUGUGGGACUGGCAGAAGGAGGAGAGGCUAGCCGACGUGAAGUGCUCCAACGAGGCCGUGUUCGCCGCGGAUUUCCACCCCACUGACACCAACGUCAUUGUUACCUGUGGGAAGUCGCACCUCUACUUUUGGACUCUCGAGGGUGGCUCCCUCAUUAAGAAGCAGGGGUUGUUUGAGAAACAAGAAAAGCCAAAGUUUGUCCUCUGUGUGACGUUUUCUGAAAAUGGUGACACCAUCACUGGAGAUUCGAGCGGCAACAUCCUAGUGUGGGGAAAAGGUACCAACCGGAUAAGCUACGCAGUUCAGGGUGCCCACGAAGGCGGCAUUUUUGCACUCUGUAUGCUAAGAGAUGGCACCCUGGUGUCUGGAGGAGGCAAAGACCGGAAGCUCAUUUCUUGGAAUGCAAACUAUCAGAAACUUCACAAAACAGAGAUUCCAGAACAGUUUGGCCCGAUACGGACAGUGGCCAAGGGAAAGGGGGACAUUAUCCUGAUAGGCACAACUAGGAACUUCGUGCUCCAGGGCACACUGGCUGGGGAUUUUGCACCCAUCACUCAGGGCCACACAGAUGAGCUGUGGGGACUGGCCAUCCAUGCAUCCAAGCCUCAGUUCUUGACCUGUGGGCACGACAAGCAUGCCAUUCUCUGGGACGCUAUUGGUCACCGGCCUGUGUGGGACAAGACCAUAGAGGAUCCAGCUCAGUCUUCUGGUUUUCAUCCUUCAGGGUCUGUGGUUGCCGUUGGAACGCUGACUGGGAGGUGGUUUGUGCUUGAUACAGAAACCAAGGACCUGGUGACCGUGCACACGGAUGGGAACGAGCAGCUGUCUGUCAUGCGUUACUCACCAGACGGAAACUUCCUGGCCAUCGGCUCCCACGACAACUGCAUCUACAUCUACGGAGUGAGCGACAACGGCCGGAAGUACACCCGUCUCGGCAAGUGCUCGGGUCACUCCAGCUUCAUCACGCACCUGGACUGGUCAGUCAACUCCCAGUUCCUUGUGUCCAACUCCGGAGACUAUGAAAUCCUCUACUGGGUCCCCUCUGCUUGCAAGCAAGUCGUCAGUGUGGAGACCACGAGGGACAUCGAGUGGGCCACGUAUACCUGCACCCUGGGCUUCCACGUGUUCGGAGUGUGGCCAGAAGGCUCAGAUGGAACCGACAUCAACGCCGUCUGCCGGGCACGCGAGAAAAACCUGCUGGCAACGGGCGAUGACUUUGGCAAAGUGCAUCUCUUCUCCUACCCCUGCUCACAGUUCAGGGCUCCAAGCCACAUAUACAGCGGGCACAGCAGCCAUGUCACCAACGUGGAUUUCCUCUGCGAAGACAGCCACCUCAUCUCCACGGGUGGAAAGGACACGAGCAUCAUGCAGUGGCGGGUCAUCUAG